UACACCUGGGAGCUGACUCAUUGCAAGGGGCGGGCCAUGUCUCUAUUGGUUCAGGAGUCCUUCUCUCCUCAGAUUUAAGUCACUUCCUAAGCUUACCAGCUAACAAGACAUCUCAACAUGCGGAAAGCUGUCACUGCUGCAGUAGGAGGAGCUGUGGCUGUAGCAGCUGUUCCUGUAGCCCUGACUGCCAUGGGCUUCACGGGGACAGGAAUAGCAGCAGCAUCCAUAGCAGCCAAGAUGAUGUCAGCAGCUGCAAUCGCCAAUGGGGGUGGAGUUGCAGCCGGAAGCAUGGUGGCCACACUGCAGUCAGUGGGGGUCCUUGGACUUUCGACAACAACGAACGCAAUCCUGGGAGGUGUUGGGGCAGCUAUUGGAUACUUGUUUUGAACUUAGGAGAUGACACCUCUACCAGUUGAUCCCAAAGCCUAUAAGGACUCAUCAGGAGACAGUGUAUCUAUCCCGAGAUGACCCUCUAAAUCCCUCAAUGUUGUCAAAAAAAAAAAAAAAAGAUCAAAAAUAAAGGCCUUAUCCUGGCAUCCCUA